AGAGAUUAUUUAUUUCUCUGGGGGAGAGAGAGAGAAGGAGGGAGGGACAGACAGCAGCAUUGCUCGCCGAUAGUCUUGUCAGAAACUGCGCCGAUCUAAUGCGUCUCUCAUAAACGCGCCAUUAACAGUCGACCAAGGGCUCGCCGUCUUCAAAGUUUGGAUUUCCUCAUCCAUCCCGUGCGUACUCUGUGCCAAUCCGAGCAGACGACAGGUUUGGAACAACAUGAGAGUGGAUGCUGUCAUGCCAUUUGGGUGCCUUGCUCUGCGAGAUGGGCGAACAUACAACAGCCUGUCAGACAUCACUGACAAAUACGAGAUCGGACAGGUCCUCAAGGCGAAAGAAUUUUGUGAGCUGUGCCUGGUGAAGGAGCGACAGACGGACAAGGUUUAUGUGUGCAAGAAAUUCCUCAAGAAGGAUGGCAGGAAAGUGCGGAAGGCAGCCAAGAACGAGAUCAUGAUCUUGAAAAUGUACGUGGUGACUCAAAACAUCAACAGAUGACGCAGGGUUUUGUGAGAGCUCUCAUCUGAGAGGACAAAGAGAGAAAUUCAAGAGAUUGCACAAAAAUCAAAAUUAGGCCUGCUUGUAGUUUGAUACUUAAUAGUAUGUCGAUCAGAUUUCCAAGAUGGAAACCGGGGACAUUUUCCAGUGGUCAAGACAGCAUUAAAAUCUUAAUUAUGUUUAAAAAAAAUAAGACAAUACAUUUCAUAUAUUUUUAUUUUCAAUUAAUAUCGGGGUUGUUUAAGAAAAAUGGAUAUCUGAGCAUCCUACUUAAAGGGAUAGUUCACCUUAAAAUUUAAAUUUGCUAUUAAUUCACCCACCCUCACGUCAACCUGUAUGAUUUUUAGCUGAAGCUUAGGUGAUUUAAAUAGUGCAAGUCAAUUAUGUGCACAAUGUGUUCACAUGCACGUUUUUGCUUAUUAUGCUACAUACGAUAUACUUGGAUUUCUUUUGUCGGUUAAAGGUCAAAAAUGGCUUAAACAAAGUCUGAUUGGAACAGGUCAUUUUUUUCAAAAUGUAUUUCACACUGCUUGUAAUCACCUUUAUCAGCAUUCUAGCAGUUUAGUUCAUGUGCGCAUAUCUAAUUGGAUUCCUUCCAAUUG